GAUAAGUCCGAGCAAAAGCCUAAAGGGAAUGCCUGGAGCCUUAAGCUGAUAGAGGUAUGGAAACGUAAGUUAUGAGUUGUCUGUACUUGAAUCUCUCCCUGAAUGGAUUGCCUUCUGGUUAGCUCCACGUUGUUGCCUCAUGCUAUCACCAACUCAAGCUUCCACCGCUCCUUUUUCGGUUUGCACAGUCUGGGAUUUGGAGUAACUAGAAAAGGAUGGUUGAAAUUUGGAUGUUUUGCAAUUGGUGGGGAUGGGAUGGGGGGUGCAGAAAACAUGGAGAGUUAUCUGAAGGGAAGGGAUAAUGGGUCUCUUUCCAGUGAGCUUGAUGAAUCAGGUGUUUCAUUUGGAACUGUGAGUGCUGAAAUAACUCAGGAAACGGUAGAUUUCUUUGUCAGUGAUACGGAGGGCGAUCCCGACUGCCCUUCAGAAGGCUUCUCCUCCAUUGAUCAGGCCAUCAAUGCUUUACGUCAGGGAAAGUUUGUGAUUGCUGUAGAUGAUGAAAAUGGUGAUAAUGAAGGGGAUCUUAUCAUGGCAGCGACUCUAGUAAAUCCUCGGGCUAUUGCUUUCAUGAUCAGGCAUGGUUCUGGAAUUGUGUCUGUGGGCAUGAAGGAAGAGGACCUGGAGAGCCUGAUGAUUCCUAUGAUGUCUCCUAUCACUGAAAUUGAGGAUCUUUCAGCUGCAGCUUCCACAGUAACAGUGGAUGCGAGAGUGGGCACAUCUACUGGUGUGUCAGCUGCAGACAGGGCAAAAACAAUUCUUGCUCUUUCUUCACCUGAUUCUAAACCGGUAGAUUUCAGAAGACCCGGCCAUGUAUUUCCUCUUAAGUAUAGAAAUGGUGGUGUUCUGAAGAGAGCCGGUCAUACCGAGGCAUCAGUGGACCUGAUUAUUCUAGCUGGUUUAAGGCCUGUUUCAGUUCUUUCAACCAUCGUCGAUCCUGAGGAUGGUUCCAUGGCAGGACUGCCUGCUUUGAGGAAGAUGGCUGAGGAGUAUAGUUUACCAAUCAUUUCGAUCACUGAUUUGAUCCGGUAUAGAAGCAAACGUGAGAAACUGGUGGAAAGAAUUGCUGUCUCCCGAUUGCCGACUAAAUGGGGCUUAUUCCAGGCUUAUUGUUAUCGGUCUAAGUUAGAUGGCACCGAGCACAUUGCUGUCGUGAAGGGUGAUAUUGGAGACGGGCAGGAUGUCCUUGCAAGAGUGCAUUCCGAAUGUCUGACUGGAGACAUCCUUGGAUCUGCUCGGUGUGACUGUGGCAGUCAGCUAGAUCUCGCAAUGCAGCUGAUCGAGAAGGCUGGCAGAGGGGUUUUAGUUUACCUACGCGGUCAUGAAGGAAGAGGCAUCGGAUUGGGACACAAGCUUCGUGCAUACAACUUACAGGACCUGGGACAUGACACAGUCGAAGCAAAUCUGGAACUUGGGUUGUCUGUUGAUGCUCGCGAGUAUGGCAUUGGUGCUCAGGUGGUACUGGUAGUUCUUCUGAAAUGGGCUUAUUAUCUUUGAGAAGCUUUUAUUGGUGUCUGCAGAUUCUAAGGGACAUUGGCGUGCGCACAAUGCGGCUGAUGACCAACAACCCAGCCAAGUUUGUAGGACUUAAGGGCUACGGUCUGGCUGUAGUUGGGAGGGUCCCAGUUAUGUCCCCCAUAACAGAAGAAAACAAGAUAUACCUGGAGACCAAAAGAAUCAAGAUGGGGCAUGUCUAUGGUUCAGAUCUGCCAGGAACUUUGCCUGGAUUCUCAUGAUGAGUACAGACCAAUCAAAGGAGUUGUAAGAUGUUUCCAAUCUUGGUUGGUUCGAAGUUUCUUCCAUUCUUAAUUCUGUUACAAGAAACAAAAGAACAAAUUUAAUUGUGAAAACAAGAAGGGCCAUCUUUUCUGCUUCAUAAUC